GAGAGAAAGAGAGAGGAGACAAAGAUAAAUCAUUCUAAUCGUGUGCCGAAAUAUUCAGCCAAACAAAUACUCUCUCUCUCUCUCUCUCUUCAUUAAAACUUUGUCCAGUUCUUGACUCUUUUCCCUUCCUCAAACAAGAUUUGUCCUUGUCUUUUGCAACCUUUAAAUCAAGAAUGUGCGUUUUUGGAAGUCUAAGAAUUUCAAGCAGAAAACUUUCUUAGUGGGAUAUUAUAGAUAACAAAUAUGGAGGGCUAUUCAAGAAAAGAUGAAGGGUGUCGCCAGUUUCUUGAUUUGGUCACCAAGGAGGGAGAAGAAGUGCAUGCAGCAUUUUCAGAAGAGAAGAAGCUUGAACUAAGCCUUGCUCCACCAGGUCAAGAUUGGACAAACAAAAAUCCCUCAAGAUUUGCUCAAAAUCCGUGGCAAUCUUCUCAUUUUCUCCACCUUGAGUCACAGCCCUGUAGCAGUAGAGCAGCUCCAGAUUUGAAAAAUCCAGAAAAAAAGACAUUUACACCUGCAAAUCUAGCUGUGCCCAACAACAGUGCUCAGAAAAGGACUGCGCCUGCAGUGGUCGGAUGGCCACCUAUCCGAUCUUUUCGAAAGAAUCUAGCAAGUGCCGGUUCAUCUAAACCGGCUGUGGAGGACAAAAGCCAUUUGAAAGCUGAAGAAAACUGCGGGAAAACCAUGUUUGUGAAGAUAAACAUGGAUGGUAUUCCAAUUGGAAGGAAAGUGGAUCUGAUCGCGUAUGAUAGCUACGAGAAGCUCUCGUUUGCUGUUGAUGAGCUCUUUGGAGGCCUCCUUGCCGCUCAACGUGAUCAAGGGAAGGCGAUGAGAGGCUUGCUGGAUGGGAAUCGGGGAUACACCCUCGUGUAUGAGGAUAACGAAGGGGACCGGAUGCUCGUUGGAGAUGUCCCUUGGCACAUGUUCCUCUCGACUGUCAAGAGGCUGCGUGUCUUGAAAAGCUCCGAGCUCCCCGCGUUGUCGCGUGGUGGAGAUAAACAGAGGAAGCAUAUGGCUUCCACACCACCAAAUUAGCCUAUCAUGGACAAUGCCUACUUUCAUCAAUCAAAUGUACCAUAAACUUUGUUUCAAAAUCCUCAAUUUCUGUAGGAAUCAUAUGUAACUGCAAUAUUUUAUUCUCCAGAUUUUAAUUGCAUUUCUGCCUGUUUCUGUUUUCUUCAA